AUGCUGACGACGGCAAUACGGGGCAACCAAUCUUGGAGCGCCCCUCUCAGCCGCGGGCAGUCAUACUCCACCGCCGUCGCUGCUGCGAACGAUUCGCCAGAUUGCUCAAUGUCGUCCAACCCGUACAAACGAAGGGGACUGCUUCGGCGAAGAGACCCCCAACCUCAACGAAAGUUCGACAUCGACAGAAACAGCAGUAGUGCCGGGGUGCGACCGCCGUUGCUGACGAGCCCAGUGAGUACCAGCGUCGCUCCCGGAGGGGAGUCACCCUCGUGGAACUCUCUUUCCGUACCGGGUACCCCCCGAAGCAAUUCCCCCAACAAGCGGCCCUGGUACCCUGCAGGCCGCCGCCCUUCUUCACGCGAUAGCGGCGAAAGCGGUGCCGACGACAGCGCAUACGUCGUGCACCCCUCGUUUCGGCACCUGUUCACUGAGAGCGCCCACAGCAGCGGUGCAAACGAUCCGUCAAGAAGCCGUCAAGUGUACAGUCAAGGACCUCACCACGGAUCUAGCCGCGGCGGCGGCAGUGGCGGCGAGAAUUCGGGGCGUCGGCCCGGAACAGCCGUGUUCUCUGUGGGCGGUGGGGAUCCGUCGUACUCGUCGUCAACGACAGAAACCACCGUGGCUCGACAGUCAGAGAGAUCCGGCGAGGUCGAGCCAGCCGCCGCGGGAAGAUGGAGAGGCGCCCAUUUUUCCAAGGCGGAACACAAUCCACGGGAACAACAACACCGGAAUACCACAACAACAGGGAUUGGUAGCGCCCCCGAUGCUUCAUCCAGGCAACGUGGAGGAGAACGCGCUUCGUUUUCACCCACAGGUAGAUCGUCGGUCUUUGGAUCGGAGUCGGACGCUUCUCCUCCUCGUCCACGCAGGAACGACCACCGGUCGCCUCGGGAGAUGGGAGGUCAACGACCAUACGCCGAAAGAGAGACGGUAGAACAAGGAGGGGCUCCUCUUGAACCAGUUGCCGCAAUGAGAAGCCGCGUGCGUGACAUGCAGGCGCGAGGAAGGCCGCGCCGGAAAGAGAGAGGCGGAAGGAUGCCGCCGGCGGACAGCAGAAGGGGAGAAGGAGACCCGAGGCUUCGGUCUUCCGUGUUCAUUGGGCACAGCAAGCAGGUGUUGGCUCUAGCCCGCCGCGAGGAUAUCUUGUUUUCAGCGUCAGCUGAUGGCACCGCGAAGGUGAAUCAACCCUCUUGGUCUCCGUUUGUAGCAUCUAUUGGUCGUUCGUCUAACCUAUGUAUCUCGUUAUCAGGUCACGAAGGAGCAAUGUGA